ACCAGCCAAAAAUGGGGGCUGUCUCCUCCUCGACGCCCAAGCAAAAAAACAAAACAGGGUGCAUUGCGUAACAAGAAGUGAUCUUUAAUAACAUCAGCGUUACCCCUCUGUAUAGCAUUUCGAUUUUUACUUUGGGAAAACUUUCAACUGUGUCAGACCUACAUAUUAAAGCGCAUCACCAUGGGGAAAGUGAACGUCUGCUUGAAACGGAGUUACAUUAUCGUGAUAAGUUUGAUUGCGAUACUGGGUGCCCUGAUGUUGGCAUUCACUCUGUUUAGCCAUGGACUCUUACACGAAGAAGAUGAGAUCGAGUCGAUGCUCCCAGGUCUUCAUGUAAUGUAUGUUCUUUCCAUCAUAAGUCUGAUCCUGACCAUCAUUGGUCUGUAUGGUGCUUGCAAAGAGAAGAAGUGGGCACUUAUAAUGUUUGCAGUUGGAAUGAUCCUCGGCAGUCUAUUUUGGAUCACAUGUGAAAUUCAAGGACUGGCUGAGCGACCAAAGGUGAUUGAAGAUCUGAAUAAGGAAUACCUACAAAUGCUGCCACUGAAUAAUGCUAGUGAGGUUGCUACUGACAGCUUGAAGGCUGCACAGAUUGAAUUUCAGUGCUGUGGACUGGAUCAGGGCUACCUGGAUUGGGGCUACAACAUCCCAGAAUCCUGCCUGUGCACCAAGGAGCCCACUAAUCCAUGUGUGGCAGCUCCCAGAAACAGCAGCCUGUCUGAGCACCUGGUCGAUGACCAGCCCAUCAUGAUUUAUAAAGAGUCAUGCCUUCCAUACAUGACUGCUCAUAUGAUGAUGAUCAUAGACUAUGUUAUGGGCAUAAUCCUGGGAGUCACAUUAUUUUGGGUGUUGUCAGUGGUGUUGUGUAUUCUCAUCUUGUGUCGGCUGAAUAAGAAAGAAGACAUCCCGGUGGUGGUCUACAGUCCAGAGGCCAAAGCAGGCAACUACUCGCCUCUCACAGACGCUGUAGAGAAUGCCUGAUUGGUAUUGGUACAAGGAUACAAAGUGUUUUUUGAUGUUAACAUAUUUCACAAGUUGGAUGAAAAUGUGAGACCUACACCCCUCUGCUGUACAAGAGAGGUGAGGAAUCUUCAUUUAGCUAAUUUGUUUGCAAGCACUUGCGAGCAGCAGAAUUAGGCGUAUUGUGAGAUAUAAAAAUAGUGAUGGAUUAAAGAGAAUGUGGCUUUAACAAAAGCACUGAUGAAGAAGUUACUGCACAAAUAUUAACAUUCUGGAUGUAUUAAAGCUUUAAUAAGUUUCUGUAUUUUAUGGUUGCGUACCUUUCUGUAACCUUUGAUAUUCUGCCAAACUUCAUGUAAACUUGAGAAGCUACAAAAGCACUUCUAUAAAGUACAAUUUUAUAUAAUAGGAUGUCAUUGGUACAUAUUGGUAUGAAAGAAACAAAGAACAAUAGCCAUCUGAUUGUUUCUUACUGAAACAUGUUUUUUUCACACAAUAAACAGGUGGACUUUUUUAUCUGUGUAAAAGUGCCAGCGCUUUGUUUCUUUGGUCCUUGCUGCUACAGUGCACCAAAAAUAUUGUUCAAGACGUGGAGCAGUGCACGCUGCCACUUUCUAUUCCAUCUACAAAUCAGUGUUGCAUGAGAGCAUUUCUAGGAUGAGACUUUCGGUUUCUGGCAGGGGGGAUAAACAAAUACAGAUAAUGGGGAAGGUGCAACUGUAUUUGACAUAUUUUGAAUGCGAAAUUAAUAAAUCCAAAG